AUGUUAGCCACUUUAACAUCAACAUUUCGAGACCUGGAAGACCUGGAAGACUCAGUAGAAACGUCAGAAGACGUUUUAUCUGCAUUCAAUGACGUUACAGAACAUCUUCCUGUUGAUCUUUUACGUUCACUACAGCUGAUACGACAACUCGAUGAUGAAAGCACACUUUGUGUAAACCAACUUGAUGAACUCGCUUUGAGUGUAUCAACAGAACAUCCAGAACAAUAUAUAGAAAUGGCGCAAUUGCUGAAGACAUCUAUACAAAACCGUUCAGUUACCCUUUCAGAGACUCAUAAACUCUAUAAAUCAGUUGAACAACAUCUUCAUACUGUUAAUCAAACGUUGCAGAAACUAAAAGAAGCAUGGUUAGAGAGCCAAAAUGUAAAAAAAGUAGAGAAAACAACAGAAGUUUCUCAGAAAAAAAAACCUCCGUCAUCCAAAAAAAAACAACGUCAUGAUAAAUCCAUUGCAGAGCCAAGAUAUUGUUUUUGUAACCAAAUAUCCUAUGGACGAAUGAUUGCAUGUGAUAAUCAUAACUGUACAAAAGAAUGGUUCCAUUGGGACUGUGUUAGCAUCACAUCGGCCCCUAAAGGCAAAUGGACAUGUUCAGAUGAGUGUGCACUUGCUAUUGGGCAUAAACAAAAAAAGAAGUUAUAA